CUUCACAAACCUGUCCAAAAUAUUACUUUACUUGAGGGUGAAAAUAAUCCUGUUUCAAGGUUUGGUCGCAAUUUAAAGCAUAACAUAAAGCCGUGAGACAGCUUUUAUCUGAAACUACUCUUAAAUUGAAGUACUUGUGUGUUAAGGUACCACUGUUUAUCUCAAAGGUGGACAUUAUAUGAAACCUUUUUUGAAGAUUCUUUUCUUCUGCAGGGAAGAUGUAGCCACCUCAACAGAGUUCAAAAAAGAGCCUGAAAGCGACGACAUGUUUGGACAAGAGGUCUUUUAUGAUGAGUGUGGGAAUUUGCUGCCGCCUCCCAUGGAGCUCCCCACUACGGCCCCUCCUACUGGGGUGAUGUCCACGGCUGCAGAGGCAACUAACAGGAAAGACAAAGGAGCAGUGCCCGCCUUGGACUCUGCCAGCUUCUGGAGGAGCUGCAAUGUCGCAGGCUGCACGCAAGCCAUCUUUGAGGAUUUAAUCAUGGAAAUCAGCAACAUCUCCACCAGGAUCCAAUCACACCAGGCCAGCCAGGAAGAUUAUGACACUGCCCUGAAAGUCAUUAUGGCUUCUGGGAAACUUCCAAAGCUGGUGAAAAAACAGCAGAAUGUAACUUUGUUUGGUUUUGACAGCACUGAGGGGUAAACAAAUAGAGCUGCAAAGGUCACUGGAAGCCAUGCAGGAUGUGGAGUCAGUGCUGAGGAGAUAAUAUUUACUUUGUCUACCAAGGAUGUUGUUGUGGUUUGUGCAGCCCAUUGAGACACUAGUGAUUUAGGGCUAUUUAAAUAAACAUUGAUUGAUAUCCCA